CGUGGUCUUGAGGAGCUUCUGUCGCUACAUGAGACCUGUGGACUUAACACAGACCUGAAGAAAUGAGGAAACAGAUUUUCAGUCUGGAUGUGCUGCAGUUUUCUGUCUUCUUACUGCAGGUUCACUUUUGCUGGAGUCAGAACACACUGGUCGUUCCCUCUCAGCCAAUCAUAGCGCCCGUUGGCAGUGAUGUCACUCUGCCCUGUCAGUUGGACCCUGUUAAAGACCUCAGGGACAUGGUGGUGGAGUGGUCACGGCACGACCUGAUGCCGCGCUACAUCCACAUCCGCCGGGACGGUCGGGACUUCCUCAGGGACCAGAACUCCCUGUACCUGGGCCGCACCUCUGUGUCCGAGAGCCGACUGCAGCAGGGGGACAUGUCCCUGAGUCUGACCAGAGUCAGAGUCAGUGACAGGGGCAAGUACAGAUGUUACAUCCCCCAGACUGAUACUGAAGCAGAGGUCACUCUACUGGUCGUGUCCGUGGCCCCUCCCUCGAUUAGCCUGAUCAAAGAGCGCUCGGGGUCUCCCGUGCUGAGGUGUGAGUCCAGGGGCUGGUACCCGGAGCCGGAGCUGGAGUGGCUGGACUCAGAGGGGACGGUUCUGCUCAGGACUGAGGCUCAGAGAGGAGCGAGCGAGGAGCUGUUCAGUGUGAGCAGCAGACUGAGUGUGGAGCAGAGGCUCGGCAACACGUUCACCUGCAGAGUGAGACAACAGGAGAGCGGCCAGAGCAGAGAGGCCCAGCUCAGCAUCACAGAUAAUUUCCUGGAGUCUUCUCCCAUCAGCCCUUGGUCCUGGAUCCUCUUGUGUUUGAGUUUGGUUCUGUUUCUUGCAGCAGUUGCUGUUUUGGUCGAGUCAAAGUGUAAAACUAAAAGAAAGAAAUCUGACAGUAAAAGCAUUGAACUUGGAGAAAAAGAAGAACGAGAGAGUAUGAUGAAAGAAGAAAGAGAGAGUAUGAUGAAAGACGAAGAGAUUACAAAUAUACUGAAGCAGAAGAUUGAGACUGAGCUGCUUUAUAUCAAUGAUGUGAUUAACAGACUGACUGUGGAAAAAGAUGUAUCAAUGAAACUCAAGGAGGAACCUCUGGAAGCGAUUCAUAAUCUGAAGAGUUUAAUAGAGACAGAGAAAAAAAAGUGGUGGGUCAACGGGAGGAUGGCCCUACAUUGCUCCUUUGGGCUGGGCCUGGCCGGGUUCCAUGGGGAAAAGGGCCCCGGAUGCCGAGCACCCACCCCAGGCCUGGCUCCAGGGGGGCCCUAUAACGCCAGUCCGGUCGAUGUAACUGGCCUUGUUGUAUUACUCCUCAUGUGGGGCUUCUGA